AAGAAAACACACAUAAAACAAGCUUAACUAACGCAGCUUGUUUAUUCCCCCCAUUCACUCAAAUCGCUCUUCAAUGCUCUGUCAUUGUCACUCAGACACUUUCUCUCUCCUCUCUCCUCCACCUCCUGACCUCCCCCUUUCUCCUUCCAUUGCUGAAAAUUCACAACAAUUCAUUCAAAAUUCCAUCGCCAUUACUGUACCUUAAACCCUAGCUUAGGGUUUUAGCUUCAAUUUGGGGAAAAUUUAAAAUUAAUUUCAUCAUCUUCACCAAAUCAUGUUGUAGUAAGCUUCGAAUUUUUUAUUAAUCGGAAGCCAUGGUUGAUGCUACAGAGAUUAAGCUCAAGAAAGUUGCCGUUACUGAAGAAGAUGUCUGCACUCUCUUACAGAGGUAUUCAGCGACGACAGUUUUGUCGCUACUUAGAGAGGUUGCGCAAUUUCCAGAGGUGAAAAUUGAUUGGCAGGCGUUAGUGGAGAAGACGAAAACUGGAAUCAAAACUGCUAGGGAGUAUCAGAUGUUAUGGCGUCAUUUGGCUUAUCGCAAACCCUUGAUUGAGAAUGUUGAUCCUGAGGAUCCACCUUCGGAUGAUGAUAGUGACCUGGAAUAUGAAUUGGAAGCACGUCCCCCAGUUAGCAAUGAAGUUGCUACAGAGGCUUUAAACUGUGUAAAGGUUAGAUUCAACAUAAAUUAUAUUUGAAGAGAAUAAUGUCAGAUUUGAUUUUGUUUUAGUCUUUUUUAGCUAUUUAUAUGCUGGUAAUGGGUUCUUUUCUUAAGUCUUAGCCUGAGUGGGAAAUUGGCUAGCCAUAUUAACCGUCUGUUUCUAGAUGUCUGCUUAGCUGUCUGAAUUUAGAUCUCCUCUCUAGUUUAUUAAAACAGAUGAUGCAAACUUUAUUCUAUUUAAUUAAGUUUGGAGAUUGGCUAAUGGUCAUGUGUUAAUGAAUGAUUCGAAUAUAAUUUGGAGAUUGGCUCAUGCUCUUAGCGAUACAUAGUUGUUUGAAGAUAGAAUAUAAAUUCUUGAAGCCAAGCAAGCUUUGCUCUUAUCAACCAGGGCUUGGCUCACUUGGUAAGGUUCUUACCCCAUACCCUUGAGGUUUGGGGUUCAAAUCUUGCAGUGGUUGUGGCCUUGUGGGUAGGGAUUCCCUUACCCUCCCUUAGUCCCUUCUACUCUCAAGUGCCCAACCAACAAAUACUGGACUAAAAUAAAAACUGUGAGAAGGUUAGGUGAGCAAGCUUUGCACUUGCCUAGUAAAGAUCCAUUCAUUCUUUACUCCGCAUACACCACUAAAGUUCCACAUGAA